AUACGAGCAAAGAAGAUAUGAGCGAAGAAGAUACGAGUAAAGAUGAUACAAAUACUACUAAAAAAGAUAUAACUGAAGAAAAUAUGACCGAAGAAGAUACAACUAAAGAAGAUAUAGCAAAGAAAAUACAGCAAAGAAGAUACAGCGAAGAAGAUACAAUAACAAAAAUAUGA